UAGUAGGCAAUGGUCAAACUCUCUCCUAUCGUCCUAUCCUAGAUCCUAACCUAACUCACUUAACUGUAUGUAUUGUGGAUGUGGAAUUGUUGUUAUAUUUUUUUUGUUCUGUUUGUAAAAAGGUUUAGAAAUAUGAAAAAUAGUUAUCAUUUUAUUAUUUCUGUCACUCCUACAUCUUUUUUGUCUUGACAUGUUGUGAAAUAAAUUAUUGUAGAUGAGCGGUCAAUGAUUAGGGUUGUGAACCCAAAUAAUAAUAUGUUUAUCUAUAUUCACUGAUUUUAUUGAAAACUUGCUUAAAAAUGUCUCUUGUUUUCUUGGAAAGCGAUCCUUGGCUUGCAGAAUUUGAUACGUGCGAAAAUCUGUACAGAGAUAUAGUUGAACAAUUGAAUACAAGAGCAACUGAGCAUCGGACCUCCGAUAAAUAUGCUCAAAUAUCAGCAUCUGUGCGUUUUCGCAUGAAGCAGUAUGCUACCGAAGUACAACAGUUGAAAUUAAAGCUGGAGCAGGCAUCUGCAAGUUCUCUUACCAAAGAAGAAGCCGAAAGAAGAUUACGUCAAGUGGAAUUACUCCAAAGUAGAAAUAUUCAGUUGCUCCAACGCUUCAAUGAUAGAACGAGCCAGAGUGAAGCUCGUGACUCGCUGUUGAGUAGAGGAACGGCAGGUGCUGCAGGCCCAGCAAGGAGCAGCGUUUUUGCUGACCUGGGAACCACAAGUUGGGGGGAUGAUGACGACGACGACCCCCUUCCCUCUGAGCCACUGCUGCCCAUCACUUCCACUGUCAGCAUCAAUUCGCUACGUGCAAAUCAGCAACGAAUGCUUGAAGAUCAGGAUAAAGGUCUAGAAGUAUUAUCUCAAACUAUCUCAAGACAGAAAAACAUUGCUAUCACCAUUGGAAAUGAAGUAGACUUACAUAAUGAAAUUCUGGAUGAUGUCUCUGAAAGAAUGGAUCGAGUAAAUACUACUAUACAGAGGGAAACAAGUCAUAUCAAAGUUAUAACUCUGAAAGACAACACUUGCGAAAGGGGGCAGGACAGUCAUCGCGAAAAACGUUCUCCACCUCCAGCAGGCACCCACAGACUACCGACAGAAGAUCCUCAACUCUAAAUCAUCUAAAUCAAAGUUCAUAUGAGCAAAGAAGAAGAAGAAGAAAGAAGAAAGAAAGAGAUAUAAUAAAGAGAGAAGGUAAAAAAACUUGCUUGGUUUUUGGAAUGAAAAAAAACUCGCCGCCCGGGUCCACCGACCAGACGUGCCGUUAAUAGUAAUAAUUAUUGUGUAUAAUGAGUGAAGUGCAUUAAAUAAGGAAUACCAAGACAGCAUUUUAAUCAUGGGGGAGGACCGCGCCGCAGCGUAACAGUGCUACUUAUCCCCCUCCCACUGCCGCAUCUAUGAUCAUAACCACCAAACUAUAUAUAUCAUUGGAUUCAGGAAGAAACGGCCUACAACGUUUAUUGGGAACCUUUUCCUCUAAGUUGGCUAACGACUUGAAUAUUUGAGAAAUAACAAAUAGUCCAUAAUAAAAAAAUAUUUUUUUACGGAAAAACUAUGCUGUUUAUCGCAAAAAUGUAGAGGACCACAUUGAAAGCUAGUUAUGUUUACAUAAUAUUGAGAAAAAAUUCAAAACUGUAUUAUGAAUAGUAACUGCAGAACAGGCGAUUUUAUAAGCGCCUCUUUUUUACAACUUACCCCCCUCCCUCUCAAUCUGUCGAUCACCCUGGGACGUGACGUCAUCGAGUUUCAUAUACACUAAAGACCCCCUAACGAUAAUCCGAAGUCGAAUUCUCUGCCUCUCUCAUGUAUGCUCAAUGUAAGCUAGCGCCUGGACUAGUUAGAAAUUCAUGGUCAGAAGUUAUGGAAUAAAUUAAUAAUCUCAUCUUAUCUAAUAGUAUCUUAUAUUGAUUAAUCCAUUUAUAUGGUUAUCCAAUUAUAUGAAUGUAUGCAGUUUGCAGACUAUUAUAUGUAUGAUUAUUUGAAAUCAUUGUUUAUGUCUGUCUCAAUCUGUGUUCGUUGAAUAAUUUUGAUUUUGAAUCAAUUAUCAUUUUGUUUAUGAUUAUGAUUGAAAAUGAAUGUCUAUUUUACUUGAAUUCAUAAAAAUAUUGUCUUCUCAAUUUUCAGGCUACUGGAUGGUUAUAAUAAUACUCUUUAUCGCCAUUAUUGUCGUUGGCCUAGUCUUAUAAUACUGUAAAUUGGUAAAUUAAAUCUUCUAUCCAGGGAUGAAUUCAAGACAAUUAAGUAUAUGGUUAGAUCGAAUAAUUUAGAGAUAAUUAAAUAUUACACUUGAUAUACAAUUUAAAUGAAUCAUUCCUAUUCGGUGUUGAUUGGCCCUUUCAUAAUCACCGACCAUUCCAAGGUCAAUAAUCACCUUCCAAACCAAAUAAGCUUUCUGACUUUUCAGUUGCUAAGUAUCCCUGCUAUAUUUUACAUUAAUUGCUUUAUAGGAAAAUAUUUACAUUUUAUUGCUUCUUUUUUAGUUAAAAUGCCAAGUUUGUGUGCUAGAGAUGUUUCAUCUUGAAAAUAUUGAUAUAUAAACUGUGAUUCUAUUGUAAUGAGCUUGUGUUUUGGUAUGGAAAAAGUAUUUACCUAUAUUUGUAAUAUUCCAUGUAAUAAAAUAAUGAUUUGUAACAUAUUUUAAUUGGUGUAAUUCAUUCUUUCAAAAAAGGAGCGAUCCUUUCCACCUUCAGUGAAUUUUUGAAUGACAACCAGGCAGCUCUUAUUGAUUCCAAAACAGUUUACUGGAUUAUGAAUGCACUGAAGAACCAAAACUUACACCGCUUGUAUUCAAUUCAAUUUAUUUUUUAUUCACGUAUCAUACAAUUUUAACAACACAAUUACAAUUAUAAAAUGAAUAUUAGAACCCACAUAGACUAUUACGUCCGUGUGUGGGAGCAGUUCUUAAGAUUAGUUGUGUUACAAUAAAAAAUAUUGGGCUAUAAGUAUAAGAUACAUACGGGAAAUGAAAUAAAAAUAGAUUAUAUUUAAUAUAUUUUUAGGAUUAUCUAUAUAAAAAAAAUCAAUUUGAAUUUGAGAAGAAAGAAAAGAUAGAUCCAUUGGAAGAAAAUUAGACAAUCGGCUUGUAAUAAUACCUAUUUUUAUAAUUUAUUAAUAAUUAUUAUUUUUAUCACACCAGAACAGCCGGAAUCGCUUUUUGCAAAAUGUAUUUGGUAAGAAAAACAGAUUAAAAUUUGAAUUUCAAA